CAACCUUAAAUAACUUGAGCCCGGCAUUCCUGACAAUUCAAGCGACCUGUACAUGUCUUCCCAUCUCUCCACCCUCCCCCUCGCCAGUGAUACCACCGCUGUCUCCGAUCAAACUCCUGACGAGUACGAGAGGACAAGCUAUUAUAACGGCAUCACUGGGGAUGACGAUCAUCCAUAUCUCAUCUACCGUUCGGACUACCUCACCACACCCUUUCCCAGGCCCGUCGGCAGACACGCACAUCUUCCCGUCAAGUCACUCCGGGGAGUCUUUGGCACCUCGCUGAAUGGUGUCUGGCGUACCGUUGGUCCCCAAAUCCGUGAUCUGAUCAAGGCCCACAAGAUCCGCUGGACGUCCAUCGACCUUGCCCGCUUUUUCACUCAUGGACCGCUUGAAGACGGGGCCAAGGGCAGUCUCGGUCCUGUUGUCAUCUGGGUUGGUGUCGCUCCUGGGUCUACCUCCUCUGCUGCCGCCCAUGAUGUCUCACAAGAGAUUCUUGCGCUCCUGGUGAAGAAUGGAGUGCAAGAUACUGUUGUGGAAUGGCGCGAGGCAGUCCCGCAGAAGCUGGCCGGCCCACCCCUUAUUCGCCAUGUUGGUACACUGACUCAGUAUUGAAAUUGAAUCAACGUGAUAUUUUUGCUUGUUUAGACCACUGAGAGAGAACGGCUCGACAAAAUUAUACAUAAUUUGAUUCAGAGCAUGAGGGUAUGGUACACUAGGUUUUCCCAAAAUCCUGGAGCGAUCCGCGCUAUGGUUGCGUCUCAGCAAUGGAAAGUGUCUGAUGGCUUGAUCCAAUUUCAUUUCCACUUUUGGAAAGUCAAUAAAGUUCGAUACAACGACGGAUGCAGCAGUUUCGGUAAACUAUUGAGCGUUCUCCUUCGGCUAUUCACGCACGGCAUUUCUUUGAGCGCAGCGAACUCGGGAUCCCUCAGGCAGGCGAUCUAGGAUCUCUGUCCGAUCCUCCUUGAUAUCGGCGUCACAGAGUUUGGAAGGAUCUCCCAUUCGGCAAAAACGGACUAUUCACCAACUCGUACAGCUCUCGUGCUGGGAGUGUCUGUGCGAGCUAUGGAUUGCGGUUUAUCUUGAGGAGGGGGAAACGCUUGGACCGAAGAGUUUCAGGAGUGUCGCCAGCGUAGGCAGCUCGGCCCAUCAGUGCCUCGUUCGGACCGUAUUCCAGGUCGCAGACGGAGUCGCUCACAUGUCCAGUAUGUCUCUUACACUGGAAAGAAGUAGAACCAAUUGCACGGAGGGCCGCAGCGCGGAAGUCGUGGCUGUCAAAAGACGAAACGGGUUCGCAGGCGCGCAUCGUGUGGACGUGCACAGUAUAUGCGAGCAGACGAGAUCGGACCGUCGCCUUGCUCGUAAACUGGUUUCUGAACUCAGAAGCCCGGGUGCUAAUGGGUUCGGGCAAUCUCUUCCCGAGGCGGUGCGUCCACUGUGUAUAAGUCUAGCUGAGACUCGAGAACGGAGACCAUGUGAUGUGGACAGGUGAUAGCAAAGGUGCGAACCCGAAGCCACGAUGGUCCAUGGAGGACAGGUUUGGCCUUCGAGAACAUGGGAGCGGGACCGGCGUGUACCGCACCGGUCAUCACCGGUCCGUGCUACCCCACACCCCAGAUUCUAAAAUGGAUUCCGUCCGCGGAUAUCUCGUACUGUCACUACUGGCGCUUUCACUCACUUGUCAUCCCCACAAUGUCUUCAGAGGGCGUUCAGAUCCACGCGUUGCCGACAGCCCCCGCUGUACCUGCUUCCAAUGCCAAAUUGAAUAAGAUUUCGUCGCAGCUCACGCAAGUGAAAGCGCGGGGUGGAGCUCAAGCGAUGCUGUACGCGGUAGGACUGAGCGAGGCAGACAUGGAGAAGCCCCAGAUCGGUAUCUCUCCCAUUUGGUGGGAAGGCAAUCCCUGCAAUUCGCAUCUGAUGGAUCUCGCGAAACACGUCAAAUCGGGAUGCAGCGAUGAAGACAUGGUCGGACUGAUCUUCAACACCAUCGGUGUGAGCGACGCUAUCACAAUGGGAACUGACGGAAUGAGAUACUCCCUUCCCAGUCGGGAUAUCAUAGCGGACUCGAUCGAAUCUGUUGUGAUGGCGCAACACUACGACGCGAACAUUUCGAUUCCGGGAUGCGAUAAGAACAUGCCGGGGUGCUUCAUGGCAGCAGCGCGCCACAAUCGACCGACAAUCAUCGUUUACGGAGGGACAAUCCAGACCGGGACUCGCCAUGCCGACUGUCCUGCGAUGGGUUAUAAGAAAGGCGAUUCCGUGAACAUCUCCGACGCGUUCGAAUCUUUUGGGGCAUACACUGUCGGAAACAUCACAGACGAGCAGCGAUUUGACGUCGUUCGUCACGCAUGUCCUGGUGCUGGUGCUUGCGGUGGAAUGUACACCGCCAACACGAUGAGCUCCGCACUCGAGGCCCUCGGCAUGUCGCUGCCCUACUCGUCGAGCACUCCGGCGACGUUCCCCGAGAAAGUCCAGGAAUGCAUGAAAGCGGCGAGAUACCUGAAAAAUCUGCUCGAGAAGGACAUCAAGCCGAGGGACAUACUCACCCGCCAGUCAUUCUUGAAUGCGAUGGUCGUCAUCACCGUUCUCGGAGGCUCUACCAACGCAGUCCUCCACCUCCUCGCCAUGGCACGGGCGGCUGAUAUCGAGCUGACCAUCGACGACUUCCAAGCCAUCACGGACAAAACACCGUACCUGGCGGACCUGAAGCCAUCUGGAAAAUAUUACAUGGAAGACAUUCAUCGAGUGGGCGGAAUCCCGGCCAUCCUCAAAUAUCUUCUCAACCACACCGACCUCAUCGACGGCUCCCAGCUCACAGUCACCGGAAAAACGCUCGCCCAGAAUCUGGAACAUGUUCAAGAGCUCAAUUUCGACCAGGAUGUCGUCCGCAAGCUCGACAACCCAAUCAAGCCGACCGGACAUUUGACGAUUCUCUAUGGGAACUUGUGUCCCGGCUCGGCGGUCGCAAAGUUGACUGGGAAGGAGGGCUCCCGUUUCGAGGGAGUGGCCAAGUGCUUCGACAGCCUGGAGAGAUUCUUCCCCGCACUCGAGGCCGGAGAAAUCAAGGCAGGCAUGAUCCUCAUCUUCCGUUAUCAAGGUCCCAAAGGCGCACCAGGCAUGCCUGAGAUGCUAGGUCCGACCGGAGCAAUCGCUGGUGCUGGACUUGCCAAUUCAACGGCCCUCAUCACCGACGGCCGGUUCAGUGGAGCGUCGCGGGGCUUCAUCAUCGGACAUGUGGUCCCCGAAGCCCGGCUAGGCGGUCCCAUAGCCCUGGUCGAGGACGGAGACAAGAUCAUCAUCGACGCAGACAGCAAGACAAUUCAAUGGCUUGUGUCGCAGGAGGAAGAGGCACGGAGAAAGGCGCUCUGGGAGGCGUCUGCCAAUUCGAAGUUGAACGUGAAGAGAGGCAUCCUUCUGCGGUAUGCGAGGGACGUAGCCCCGGCCAGCAUGGGUGCUUACUGCGACUGAUUGAUUCAUCGACCGAGAGUGUAAGAUAUGAACUGGAAAUAAGUAGGAAUGUACGCAAUAUACUAGGAUGGGCGUGAGAACUCCGUGGUUACAAGACUAGAUAGGCUCACUCGUCCAAGUAAUCAUAGCACACCGGUCGACGGCCCCUCCUCCUCCGACAUUCGACUCUUCUCUGCCAUAUCCGACCCCACAAGGUGCGACGUCGACCCUGUAGCCCCGUUCACCGCGCCGCCGACAGAUUUCUGCUUGUGAUGGGAAAAACGUCGCUUUUCAUCCACAUGAACGUACUCUCCGCCUUCGUGUUGGCCAAGGAGCACAGCGGGGUCAGGAGGAAUCACGACCUUCUCCUUGGGCUCGGGGCGGACUUUCGGCGUGGCUUGGCCCGCUUCGAUCUGUCGGUUGAGUUUCUUGCGUUUCCAGCGUUUGUAGAAGUAGAUAGUGAAUCCAAUUAAGUAGGCCACGCCCAUAACGCUGCCGAUGGUGGCCCCUGCGAUCAUGGGGGUCUUGGGUUUG